AUGAGCUCGACCCAGACUCAGACGCGCAGCCACGGCGGGCAUUCGCACCACCACCACCACCACCAUCAUGACAACACGUAUCUUGUCUCCAAGAACAAGAACGAUGCGGGCGUGCGCAUUACGCGCAUCGGCCUGUACGUCAACCUGGGCAUGGCCGUCGGCAAGGGCGUCGGUGGCUACGUCUUUCACAGCCAGGCACUCAUUGCCGACGCCAUACACAGUCUCACCGACCUCGUCAGUGACAUCAUGACGCUGGCGACGGUUUCGUGGUCGCUGAAGCCCCCUUCGGAACGCUUUCCGAGCGGAUACGGAAAGAUCGAGAGCUUGGGUUCCCUUGGCGUCAGUGGCAUUCUGCUCGGAGGAGGCAUGAUGAUGGGAUGGGCUGCCCUGGUCGCUCUUGCCCAGCAGUUCUUCCCCGAUGCUGCUCAGUUUGCGGCCGAGUGGGGUCUGCUCCCGCACAGCCAUGAGCACAUCCACGGCGCUGACUCUCUCGGACCGAACAUCAACGCAGCAUGGCUAGCGGGAGGGUCGAUAUUGAUCAAGGAAUGGCUAUACCGCGCAACACUCAAGAUCGCCAACGAGCGCAAAUCUUCCGUGCUCGCAUCGAACGCAUACCACCACCGGGUGGACUCCCUCACUGCCUUCGUCGCUCUCCUUAUGAUCUUUGGAUCCAACAUGCUUAACAACGCCUCCUGGCUGGACCCGGUUGGCGGACUGGUCAUCUCGUUCAUGGUCAUCCAAGCUGGUGUAGGCAACACCAAGGACGCGCUUUUUGAGCUUGCAGACGUUGGCGUCGACGAGGAGAUGACCGAAAAAGUGCGAAAAGCAGCCGCCAAAGCGCUUGUUGAUGUCAACACUGGAUCAUCAAGCGACGUCAACGUACGCCAUGUUCAAGGUGUCAAGUCUGGUCAGAACUACCUCAUGGAUGUGGAGCUCGGCGUACCCGGCACAUGCAGCGUCGAGCAGACACGAGGCAUCGAGAACCUGAUUCGAGAACGUGUAGGAGCCAAGGUGCGCGGAGUGAAGAAGGUCAGGGUACGAUUUGUCUCCAACACAACAGAUCAACCCGACUUCUUGGAUGAGUUCAUCAAGCCUGGCGAGAGCGCAAACAUGUCUCCUGAGUCCGAAUCGGAUCAUGAACACGAACACAAAAAGAACGGAGACACAAAGAAGAGCAAGUGA